AUGAGUGGUGAAGUUCAGGGUAUUGAGCUGCUAUUUAGGAUUCCUCCAAGUAAACUUAUUGAGCUCUUCCCCCAUUUGAACAAGCAUUUUCCUGGGCUUUUUGGAUUCGAUUCUCCCGAGCGUCUUUUCCCGCUAAGUAUCGAGAGAGACUCGAGUGUGAGGACCUUGUCAAUGCUCUUUGAUGGAGUUCUGAUACCUAGCAGUUUGCUUUCUUAUAAUUGCAAGUACAUAUGUUGUGAUAUAAAUCGAUUCAUGGGCUCCACACGAUCACCUUGGACGGGUGUCUUUCACCCAUCUGUAUCAGAUCCUCCCUUACUCAAAGAACAACACAGACAGCUUGAAGAGUUGCUUAAUGCCGCCUUUUCAUAUUAUGUCAAGUCAUAUUAUCAUUCUCAAGACACAGUUACAUCGGUUUAUUGUCUUGGUCGAGAUGUGGGCAUCCUAAUAUGUGCUUUGAUCAAAUCGCCUUUGGUGGAUAUUGUGUACCUAAUUGACGUCAAAGUAAGCUGUCGUCAUUCCCAUCUCUUUUUCUGCAUUUAUUUUCUUGGAUUCCAUACCAAGCAGAGGUUAGUUGGUUCGGCCAUUUACAAUCUUUCGGUCGUCUAUGCAAUCAAACUGAUGAAGGACGAGUUUUCAACUACGGAGAUUGAUGAUCUUUGCUUCUCUUUUUAUCUCCGACAAAAUCGGACUGAGGAAGCAAAGGUGUCGGCCAACAUAAAUGAGGCUCACGUCAAGAAUAUUGGCGUCUUAAUAGAGGCUCAUUCGCAACGACUAGAUGGCCACUUACGAACGUGCGAGCACCUCUCCCGGUGGGCGGCCUCAAAUAUUCGUGAUGUACGGCGCAUUCGGCUCCUCUUGAUGAGCCUUCUUGACAGGUCUACCGCCGAUUCCUCCGAGACUGACGCCCAGGAGGAGGGCAGACAGUUUGAUGUGAGUUCAGAGGUCAACGACGUUGAGGCAUCCAUUAGGAAAAUAAAGUUAGCUUUGGAUAAUCUGGACAAGUCAGCAAUUAAAUCCAAAAAACAAAUGGACAAUCGUUCCUUGUUGCCAUACAAUUUAGUCCUUCCUCUUGACCAAAUGGACGUCCAGGUGGAGGAUGGGGACUCACUGCGUCGUGUCGAUUGGCUUGUUGGUCGAAACGAGGCUUGUCGUUGGCUGCGUCGAACAAACUACCGAACAGAGGCUAUUCAACUCAGUCUGGCUAGUUGUGGUCGGUUUAUGAGAAAUACUACUCUCGUUCCUCUUUCCUCGGCCAUGGAUCUGAGGAACCUGGCAGCACCACAUAUGAGCUUUGCAUUGAUUGAGCCAAAUUCUCGUAAUCCAAUUCUUUAUGUAAAGGUAGGGGAUAUUAUGCACUGUCUCAUCAGUUUUGGUAAUCUCUGUAUGGAAAACAUCAUUGUGCGUGGUCUAGACGAGUCGCAUUGUGCGCCUGGUUACACACCACGUUCACGAACGGCAAAUUCCGGACCGUUUUCUCGAGUUUCUCAGGCCAUGUCUGAUCUACUUUGCUCUCGAGUAAUCAGCGGCUUCUCUGCCAAUCUUCUACCGAAUGCCGAUAAUAUUUCGGACAGUGUGUUGCCGACAGCCAGUCAAUUGGACCUCACAACACCCAGUCGCCAUGUAACCUUUGUGAGGGUGACAGAAGCGGCACGCAACGCGUUAGUACAUUUCGCUACUACCACCGAGCCACCCACCCAACUCUCGGCGUUGCAUCAAUUCUGUGACUGGCUCCAAACAUAUACCCGCCUCUUCACGGAGCCCUGCGCGAGCUGCGAGCAACUGUUGGGCCAAGAUGCUGCCCUACCCGUCCUUCGCACCUUCCAUACAAAUCCUGCCAACGCUCGCGCACAGCAUGAACAGUGCAGAGUCAAUGCCUCACCUACAGCGGAACUAUUCCUACUACAUAUUGAUGUGCACAAAUUCUACUCAAGCAUUAUGUCCUCCUUUGCCUUCGUUGAUGAGAGUAGGGAGCAAGUUCGACUAGGCAACGGCCCCUAUUCUGGUUUCAUCCCACAAAAUCGACUCAAAUAUAUUCAAUCCGAGCACUUUUCAAGGCUAGUGUCAAAGCAAAAUAGUGAGACAGAACUACUUGAAGAUAUGAGGUAUGCUUUAAAGUGGUUUAUUUCCCAGGAAUUUUUACACCGUUCCGUAUGGGAUAUCUGGAAGUCGUUUCUGCGGGAAUUCAACGCCCUUGCUCUGUCGCAUUUAAAAUUGGCUGAAGUACAUCAUCGACUUAGCCUAGAGUUUAAACCUAUCAAGUCUCUUCGUGUCAGUGUAUCGAAGCGGAUAUUUGAGCAACUUAAGUCGCUUCAGAAUGAUUUGGCUGCAUCUAUGCAAGAGAUGGUAAAAUCGCAGAAGAUCUACUCUGAAGAGGAGAAACAGGCUCAUGAAACGCGGCUGAAGGCUAUGAACAUUGAAGACAAAUUGCGUCGACGUUCGACUAAUCUCUUCAAUUCUAUGGCUCAAUUGCAUCGCAAUCAUGUCAAGAUUUCUCAAAGACGAGAUGAAUGCGAGAACCGAUCUGCGGGAGCUCGAAAUGAAUACCUUUUUCAAUUAACUGCAAUAAACGCGCAUCUUGAUCACUACCUGAAAACUGACAUUCCAGAUCUCGCCCAGAUCUUGGAUGGUGAUGUCUACGACCGGUUUCGUGAGGUUCUUUCUAAAACUAGUGAAAUGGAACUCGACAUCUGUCGGCACCAUCAGGAUCCGUUUAAGACUCUGUUGGAAGAGUCGUCAAAGAUUAAUCGGACGACUGCCUGGGAAAACUUCAUUAAAGAAUCGCCCAUUUUCUCUGUAGACGUUGAAUUUCAUUUCGAACCUCGAGAUGGUGAUACUAUAUCUUCGUUGUUGUCAGUGAAUGCGAAAGAGGGCAGCUUUGAUCAAGUGGCUAAGAAGCUCGCUCGUCGCUUUGUUACUCGAGAGCGGCGGAUCAAGUCCUACCGGGAUGAGAUCAACGACCUCUGUUCGGGUAGGAUUAGUCCCUCUCCUGGGAUGAGCGUUUCUCUGAGUCAGCAGGUACCACCGCCACCACGAAAGUUUCCUCUAAAGGAUUAUGAUGCUAACGAGGAGAGUGGCGCCUUGAAUCAAGAGUACGUCGAGAACAAAGUUGAGGAGUUAGAAUUUGCGAUUCGACGUGAAGAGAUUGAGAAAACGAAAAUCAGCGCCUGCUUGGAGCUACUGAAGAAAACGCAUGGUAGGUUGUCCUUUCUCAAUUUGACUCUAAAUACCCUGUGCAUCAAUGCAAUAAUUAAAUGCAACAACCACCAACGGAAGAAUCAUUUUAAGCCUUGUGAUGAGUACCGAUGGGACCGUAAGCCUUCCUGUGCCUUUCUUUUGUUAGUGGAUGUGCAAGCUGCCCUGUACGAGGCGAAUCUAGCGGCGGCAGAGGUAGAAGCUGCAACGGCGGGAGGAGGAACGACGGUGGCAGAGAAAACUCACCACGGUGCGAGUUCAAGUUCCACCGCAGCCACGGGAAGCAGUUCAACGGAGGGUAGCACUGUAGGUCUUACAGGACUGCUGACUGAAUCUGGUCAGCACCGAAGCUCUGCUCUUCUGGAGGGCUCCUUUGUACCCCUAAACUCGGCCUCACGUUCUCGCACGCAAAACGGCGGCGUGUCUCGAACCUCAGCUCAACAGCUUGCAAAUGAAGCCUGGGCUCGAGUCACUUUAACGCCAGCAAACGUUACCACCGCUGGAGAAAAUUAUGAGCCUUCCUUCAUUCAACUGGAUGAUGAGGACCCCUUGAGUCAGCAGCAGUCAUCUAGAAGGGAGCCUUCGCCUGAAGUUGACUGGACGGGGGGUGGUCGGUUGCCCAAGGCGACAGCGAUGUAUGAGUUUCUUGCGGCGCGCAGUGAUGAAAUUAACAUGGUCUGUAACGAGCAAGUCGUACUCCUAGGAACAGGAGACGGUGAGGAUUGGGUGAAAGUACGCAGUCUUUUGGAUGGUAAAGAGGGUCUGGUGCCACGGGCUUUUCUGUCAAUCGACCCGACGCCCCCACCGGCUCCACCUCACCCCUCUGUGCCCACUCUAAUUGCACAAAGUGACACGGAGCAGGAUCCUCAUGAUAAGACCUCCUCUCCACCUGCCUCUUCUCCCUCUGACCUUGCCGCAUCAACUCAUCCACCAAUGUCGCAGCGCUUGGCAGGUCAAUUUGUCCGUGCACUGAUUGACUUCGCGGGGACGGCGGAUGAUGAAUUGAGCUUCGGAGUGGGCGCGGUCAUCCAUGUGCUGGGUCGACGGGCGGUGGGUGAGGUAGACGACGGAUGGAUCGAGGGUGAAUUAGUACCCCUCACCGAUGCUGAAACCUCAACUCCUCCCCCUCGUGGCGUUUUUCCUUCCAUGUUAGUCGAAAUUGUACCGGCUGAGGAGUCCUGGAAACGCCGACUCGGCGCCUGCCGACCUCGAUCCGCAAAAGCGUUGCUGUCAACGGGUUUCCCAGCAGAUACCAAGACAUCUCCAAUCAGUGAGCGCAGAUGCAAGCUCUUGUCCUCGUCUGGUUCUGUUCCCUCCCCUAGAUCGAGCAAUUCAGGGAACCGAAGCAAAUCGCGUUCUGCUUCGGCCAAGAGAAGUUGGAGUGGCGGUGCUGGUGGUGGACAGAGACGUUCCACAGUGAGUCACCUCGUUUCAUCUAGUCAGCGUUCCUUGCACCGCCACCACCAACAGCAGCACCAUGAACACCAAGGACGGGAAACGUCUGCAGGUCAUGGGCGUGCUUCACACACCCUCAUAACUACGAAAGUGAACCCUUCUCAGGCGUCUCCUACUUCUCCUCCUCCUCCUGAGGCUAAUGUUCCUGGCUCGAUCUGUCAGCAGCAUGAAUUCUCAUCUGUUACACCAAACGGGGAAGUUAAGCAUGAGAUACUAAAAGCCUCAGAGGAGAGCUUAUCAGUGGAAGCUUGGAGCUACGUGGAGGACUUAUUCGGCAAGGCUAGGGUGGGACGCAUUCGCUCUAAUUUGCAUAAUCAGGAGGAGAUGAAGGAGCGCGGAAGCAUGGAGUAUGCACCGGGUCAGCAUGCUCACAUUUAG